AUGUGAUUGGGAGGAAUUGCUUUUUACUCUGACUCCACUUUCCAUGUACCUAAGCUACUCCCUCCCUACAGGUGUUCUUUGGCAAUGUGGAUUCAUCUGGGAUAAAACACAAUAUUUUUAACCCUCCGAUUAUUGCUCGGUACAUCCGUUUGCACCCAACGCAUUACAGCAUCCGCAGCACUCUCCGCAUGGAGUUGAUGGGCUGUGAUUUAAACAGCUGCAGCAUGCCACUGGGAAUGGAGAGUAAAGCAAUAUCAGACGCACAGGUCACCGCCUCGUCCUACUUAAACAGCAUGUUUGGCACUUGGUCCCCUUCACAAGCCCGGCUGCACCUCCAGGGGAGGACGAAUGCCUGGAGGCCUCAGGCAAAUAAUCCAAAAGAGUGGCUGCAAGUGGACUUCCAGAAAACAAUGAAAGUCACAGGAAUAGCCACCCAGGGGGUGAAAUCACUCCUUACCAGCAUGUAUGUGAAGGAGUUCCUCGUUUCCAGUAGUCAAGAUGGCCAUAACUGGGCUCUGUUUCUUCACAAUGGCAAAGUCAAGGUUUUUCAGGGAAAUCGAGACUCCUUCACACCCGUGGUGAACUCUCUAGACCCCCCACUACUGACUCGCUACCUUAGAAUUCACCCCCAGAGCUGGGCACACCAGAUCGCCCUGAGGCUGGAGGUUCUGGGCUGUGAGGCCCAGCAGGUAUACUGAGGGUACACCUCCAGGCCCUGCCUCCAGGCCCACACCCUCCCCAAAUUGCCUUCUGCCUCCCAGCCUGGCCUCUGGGUCAUUCCCUGCCCUGCCCUGCCUGUGGGCCGAGACUUUUCUAUGUGUUUAAACCACACAGCCCUAGGGGACACCGCCCCGAAGUGCAUCCCGCAUUUCCUGGGACGAUUGC